UCCACUGGGCAUGAUGGGCAAGAAGGGCCGCAUGGACGACUACCCGGGAUACGAGAACGGACACUUGGCAGCCGAGCAAGCGGACAAGCCUCAUCACGGCGGGGGUGCCCUGCUGCCCAACGGUUUCAGCCCGCAGCAAGCGGCUGCCGCCGCGGCCGCUGCCCACCUGAACGCCACGCUGCCCUUCCUCGCCCUGGGCUCGCACCCGCACCCUGGCGGUCUGCUGAGUGCCGCCAUGGGGAUUCCCCUGCCCGGCGCCACGCCGCACCACCCGCUGGGAGGCGCAGCACCCUCGCGCACCGACCACCACCUCGCCAAGGCCGCGCCGCCUCAGCUGGAUCCGCAAGCCGCCCUGAGGUAG